AGUCUCGUUCGGGCGUGCUUACCGGUCGGUCGGCCGCGAUCCAUCUCUCUCGCCUAGCGCCCGUCUUCUACACGCCGCCCGCCAGUCCGCCAGCUCGUCCGUCCCCCCACCGCGCUGUCCGCACGCACGCGCAGCACACGCUCUCUCGCGCCCGACGUCGGCGGCGGCGGCCCGAGUCGAACGCACACACACACGACAACGACGACGCGCCGCGAACACGGGCGUCCCGGCAAACCGUACCGUCGUCUCACUCGCCACUCCGCUGCCGAACGAGUCGUCGUGUUCGUCUCGCGCGCGCGUGCAAUUCGUUUUUAUUUUUAAACAACGUAAUACAACAGUGGUACAUUAUUUUUUUUUCAAUUAUUUUUUAAUUAUUACAUACAUUACUUGUAAUUAUUAUUAUUAUCGUUUGAAUUAUUUUAUUUAUAUUAUUAUAAUUUUCAUUAUUACCGUUUUGCUACAACGGACCACCGCAGAUAAUAUUAUAAUUUCGUCGUUCAAGUGGUAGCAGGUGAUUUUAAAGUUUUCUCGCGUCUUACAUUAUUUUUUUUUUUCAAAUUAUUGACAUUUAAAUAAUAUUCGCCAGUUUUUUUUUUCGUUAUAAUUAUUUUUUGUUUUCGUGUCAACCGCGUACGAACUAUAACGGCACCGCCAACAAUAUCGACGAAAGUCGACCGGCGCCCGGCGGUGCAGGUGCCACCCUACCUCGACGAGAGAUGGGUUUCCGCGGCGGCGACGAAUCCGAUGAUGCCGCCGCGUUCGGCUCGUAGUGUCCGCGCGAAGUAACAGCGGCAUUUCUGUUUUUCGCCAUCGUUUUCGGUUUUGCACAAAGCCUAGCAGCAGCAGCAGCAUCGCCACCGAAACUCAAGACCCUUGUUCCGCGUAAUUAUUAUCAGUAACCGUCAUAAUCGCAAUACACGCGAUAAACGUAAAUCCGCGUCGACCGUCAUCGCGUCGCUUAUUUUCGUAUCCGCACAAGAGAUCCAUCACCGUCAUCCGCAUGUCCCGCAGAAAGCAGUCCAGACCGGUCAAGGUCCUCGAGGACGGGUCUGAGGAAGAGUGCACCAGCGGCAUCUCUCACGGAGAACCAGGCGCGGCCGUUGUUGUCAACGGGCACCACGUAGCUACGUCCACGCGUCGAUUCGACGACGGUGCGACAUCGAUGACUUCAGAUGAUGAAGAUGAUGAAGAGAAUGGGCCGAUGCACGGUGAAAAGUUGCCUAGAAAGUUGUCAAAUACGUGCAGACAGUGUGCCAUGGGAUUUCUGAGUUUUUCCGAGCUGUCGGAACACAACAAGACGUGUGUGCUCCGAACCGGCGCCGCCAACAACGCAGACACUUCCGAUGAUUUCGAUCAUCGGAACGAUCACGACGACACAGACGAUGUCGAAGAUGAUGAAGAACCAGAGGAUGACGAGGACGUUGUAGACGACUUGGACGACUUGGACGAGAUAGACGACUAUCACCGUCACGGACACCAUUACAACGCGGCCGGUUUGCAGGCAAUGGCCGUAGCCGAUUUAAGGAGUAGCUGUCACAAUAACAAUAUCAACAACAAUAAUAAUAACAACAACAACAAUAAGGCGCACGAAGAGCAGAGGAGACAGCGGCAGGACGCUGAGAACAACAACCGCCGUUACGGUGGUGGUCUGCCAGACUCCGUCAUCGCCGGCGACGACCUCAGGGUGGCCAUAGAAGAAAAUAUGGCCGCAAUUGAGGUGUCGACCGGUUUUCCGUUAGCCGCUUACCGAGCGGCCGUGAAUGCGGCUGCCGCUUCGGUUGACAUACCAACGCUCCAGCAGCAGGUGCAGCAGGUGCAGCAACAACAAGCGGCAGCCGGUCACCAUGUGACACUCGAAGCGCUGCAACACACCAAAGUGGCCGUUGCACAGUUCGCGGCCACCGCAAUGGCUGUUAAUAACGGUGCCGUCAGCAACCAAAACGUGCUACAAGACUUAGCCAUCGUCAAUUCAUCACUGUUCACGUUGCAACAUCAGCAGAUGAUGCAGUUGAGCCUCAUCCAACAGCUCCGUCAACAGUUACAAAUAAGCCGUCGGAGUGGCGGUGGUGCUGGUACCGGAAGUAUCGAUGGAACCUUGUCUGUGUCGCCGCCACUACUCAGCGACGGCAAUGACGAUAGCACCGCGGUCAUGUCAACCAUGGCAGGGGCUUCGCCCAACGACAUACCCAUGUCACUAUUGGCCAUAUCGCGGAGUAACGCCGAAAUGUUGAACCAGAUUGUACAGCACCAUCAGGCCGCACUAUCCCCGCCUCUGCCCCCACCGCCCCCGCAACAGUUGCUACCGGCAGUCACGCCGCUUUCAAUUCCGGUACCCGUACCGAUGUCCAUGUCCACGCAACAGUCCACCGGCGACUGUACCACGCAAACGCCACUACUUCAGCUCAGCCGAUCUCCGUCGCCGUCUACCUCACGCUCGCCGACGCCUCCACCGCCAUCCAUCAUGGCCAUAAUGGUGCCCGAACUGCAACGCCCCGCUCCGUCGCCAAUGCAAGCUUUGCAAGCAUCCGUGUUGCCGGUACAAACCCCACCACCACCGCCGCAGCAGCAGCUGCCGCUCCAACCGACCGCCGUCCAGACCGUGGCGGCCGAGAGUGCGCCGCAGCCACCACCUCCGGCCACGCUUCAGUCACAGCCUCAGCCGUCUACAUCAUCGUCGACAUCGUUUUCGCUGACGCCGUACACUUCUUUGCCAAUCGUCACGCAUCAUCAUUCCAUCCCGUCGUGCUCCGUUUCGUCCGCGUUUGCAUCGUCCAUCAUCACCAACUUGGACCCGCCGCCAUCGCCCAGCGAACCCAACACGCUGGAAACGUUGCAACGCCGUGCCCAAGAAGUUCUGGACAAGGCCAGUCAAGGCAUGAUGGCCAACAAUCUCGCGGACGAGCUUUCGUUCCGGAAGGGCUCUAAUAGCGGUGGAAAGGGCAGCUCACUAUCACCAUACGACGGUAAAUCUGCCGGUGGCAGUGGUGGAAGUCGAGGAGACAACUUUUACAAGCACAGGUGCCGUUACUGUGGCAAGGUGUUUGGUAGCGACUCGGCCCUUCAGAUACACAUCAGAUCGCACACGGGCGAACGUCCGUUCAAGUGCAACGUUUGCGGCAGCCGGUUUACCACUAAAGGCAACCUCAAAGUCCAUUUUCAAAGACACACGUCGAAAUUUCCCAACGUCAAAAUGAAUCCGUUGCCGGUUCCUGAACACUUGGACAGAGACUUUCCGGCACUGAUGCCACCGCACUUGAACCAGAGUCCACACCAUCAGAACGGAUGCAACUCACAAAUGCCACCCAGCUCUACUGGUGCCGUCACUCCGCGGUCUCCGUUGUCCCAUCAGUUUUCCGCAGCCUCGUCCGCCUCGUCUUUUCCGACGGCUCUAUCCAAUCUAUUCCGACCCAGUGGCAGCCACCAUGGCCAGCAACAACAUCAUCAAUCGUCAUCGACAGACAUAGCACUCCCAUCGAAUAUUCAAAUGCCGUCACAGCAGCAACAGCAGCCUGCCGAACAGUUAUUAAUGACAAACCAUCAUCAACAACAUCAUCACCAACAGCAACAACAACAGCAACACAAUAUCCACCAGCACCAUCACAAGCAGCAACAGCAACAUCACCUGUCGAAUAAUCACUCAUCAUCGCUACAACUGUUUCAGUUCAAACGCGAACAAGAGCAACCUGAGAACUUGAGCAAGCCUGCUAACGCUGGCUGCUCCUCCCGCGAAUCGUCUAUUCCAUCUCCUCCGCCUCUCUCCGAUUCCAGUAUGACACGCAACAACAAAGACGAUCCUACAUCCUCCGAGUACAUUGAAGAUAUGGCCGUGGACAUCGACUCAGCUGACGUCGAUGAACGUCAAAACGACAUUGAUGCUAACACUGACGACUUUAGCGUCGAUACUAAAUACAGUGGGGAAGAAGAACGGACCAACAGUCCUACUAUGAAUGAAGGAUUACAAGACCAACCUGAAAACCUUUCCAACAAAAGUGGCAGAGCAAUGAUGGCUAGUCCACCACUAAUCACUUCGGACGAGUCUUUUUCUCCCAGGCCAACGUCGUCGUCUUCGCGGCACCACGGUUCCCAGGCUGGAUCACCCGUAUCGAUGUCCUUCCACAACAGCAGAUACUCGCCACCUUGCGCCCUGGACCUGACGCCCAAACAGUCGGCAUUGCCCACCACUGCCAAUCACAUCAUGUCUACGUAUCUGCCACCUGCGUUCGCCGGGCUCAUGGCAGGAUCUGCUACUUCCGCGGCCGGACUUCCUGGCCACGGACCGUCAUUCGGACCAUCCGCUGCUCGAGGAAACACCACGUGCAACAUCUGUUUCAAAACGUUCGCGUGCCACUCUGCUCUCGAGAUUCACUACAGGAGCCAUACUAAGGAGCGGCCUUUCAAAUGUUCCGUGUGUGACCGAGGAUUCUCGACAAAGGGUAAUAUGAAACAGCACAUGCUAACGCAUAAGACUCGAGACAUGUCGUCGACGGGCGCUGGCGGAGGCAGCUCGUCGAACAACAUGUUCGACGGCAACAACUCGACUAGCUGUGGUCAUGAUGACACAGCCAGCAACGCAAGCUCAGAGAGCCGUGAAGCGGCCCAGCAUCACCUGCAUCACCAGCAGCAUCAUCAGCACCAGAUGCAUCACCACCAACAGCAGAUCAUGCUUUUGAGUGUAGCCGCACAAAAUGCCGCAGCAGCUGCCGCCGCCGCCGUGGCUGCAGUCACAGGAUCAGGUUCAUCUGGAGCGGUGACUGGUGGAGUCGGGCCUCGAUCUCUGCCACCACCACCGCCGCCGCCUCCACCACCACCACCACCACCACAGGUCGUAUUGCAACAGCUUGCAAACGGUAUGAUGCCCGCGGUGACCGGUACCGUGACUCCGGUAUCGGCGAACGCGUCCACGAGCACCGGGCCUUCGUCGACCAAUACCGCGGUCCAGUUGGCGGCCGACUUGUCCCCGCCACCGGUCCAACAACAGCAACAACAGGCCGCGUCUGCACAGACGCCCCCGUCGCAACCACUGUCGGCUAAAUCCUCGAUCCAACCGGUGGUCACACUGUCCGUACCCACCGUUGGCCAGCAGCAGCAGUACAACGCUCCGGGCUCUGGUUCCAGAAAACCGCCGGCCACGACCGAGGGAGGUCUGUCGUCUUCUUCGUCGUCGUCGCCAAAACGCUCAUUGGCCGACCCUGACUCCGGUUUGCCAUCGGCUAAGAGACAACCAAGUUCGCCCAAACACUUGUGUAACGUGUGCAACAAGAACUUCUCCUCGUCCUCUGCACUACAAAUCCACAUGAGGACCCACACGGGUGACAAGCCUUUUCGAUGCACAGUGUGCCUGAAAGCGUUCACGACCAAAGGCAAUCUCAAAGUGCACAUGGGAACGCACAUGUGGACCAAUGGAACUUCCAGGAGAGGGCGGAGAAUGUCGCUAGAACUUCCACCAUUGCAGAUCGCCAACAGUGUCAAAGAAACGGAUUUCCUCCAACGUAGACAAGAAAUCUAUUACCAUCCGUUUCUGUCUAGUCCGUAUUUAAACGGAAUACAUCAACAAAAGAUCAACGAGAUAUCGGUAAUCCAGAACGUUAACAGCAACGUCAACAAUCGCAUUCUGAGUGGGUUCGGAAACUUUGGCGGCGGCGCUACGUUCCCGGGCGACAUGAUGAAACAAGAGCCGAGCAUCGCGGCCGAUAAGCAGAACAACGUCAUGUCGUCAUCGUCGUCGCCACCGUCCCACCACAUAAGGACACCGCCACUUUGGGACCUGCACUACGACCGGCAGACAGCCGUCAACAUCAAGUCCUCCGACGACCAUCAGCUCAACAACUGCGCGCCCCAAUCUCCGCAGUCGUCGCCGAUAGCACACACAAAUCACAUCUCCCAGAACCGCACCGAAGGUCUAGCGACAUAACAUUUACUCGAGUAUUUGCGUUUUAACCGAUGAUAAAACUCAAAUCGCAUUGUACAUAAUUAUUAUUAUUGCCUACUAUUAUUAAUAUUAUCAUUGUGACUAUCAUCAUUAUUUUUUACUAUUAUUAUUAUUAUCUUUUAUGUUAUUACCUAUUAUUUUACUAGGUAGUGUAUUAUACUAUGAUUAUUCGUUUUAUUUUUCAAUGACUUGACGUCAACACGUCAUGAUAAUGUUACAAGACGCACUUGAGUGACACGUUCGAAAUUAAUCACAGAGCUGCUGUCUGUUGAUCCCUUUGUCUUUGUAAAGCGCAACUCAAGACAGAAAUGAAACAAAAAUAUUGAAAAUAAUUUUGUCAGAAAGGUAUUUUUACAUGCUUAAAAUGCAUUUGAGCAUAAUGUUUACAAAAUAUUUUCUCUUUAACAUUUUAAAUUGUUUAUUAUUUCAGAAUUGAUUUUAAAAAAAAUUUUAACACUAUUUUAUUUUUACGAAACAAAAACAAAAAACUUUCUGACAGUAUUAAAAAAAAAUAUAUAUUUUUGUUUUAUUUCUGUUAGAGCAACUAUUAAUACUUGACCAACAGUGUCAAGCUUUUGAUCUAUACAUUUUGUUUCAACCGCGACAAAAUAAUGAAAUAUUGUUAAAAUAUUUGCCUGACAUUCACGUUUAGUUUAUAAUGUAAGAAUAUUUAUUUCAAUUAAUCAAAAAUUAAAUUUUUCAUCAUCAUAUGCCUUUUAAUACUUCAUGUAGUGUAUCCAUGACUUGCCAAUUCUUAUAAUAAUAAUAUGCACUCCACUGAAAUCUACCGAGACAUUGGUCAAUAAUGAAUUUUGAUGAACAUACCCCUUAAAAAUAGUGAAAAAGUCGUUUUAGCUAUUUUAACAAUAACAAAUGAAUCAUUGUUAUUAGAAACAAAAACACAAAGUUUCAUCUGUUUAUAUUAUAAUAUGUACCUAUGUAUUUAUCUACCACUAUCCAUUAAUGUUUUAUUAUGACGAUCAAAUCAUUGAAAUGUCUUUUAUUGUUUUAUGUUAGUAUCAUCGUUUAUUAUCAGUAUGAGUUAGGAUCAUUGUUUAUUAUUAAUACAUCCUAUGUAUUGUUUAGGACGGUUAGUGAUCAUUUCUGUGCUUUCCUUUUGGGCGAAUCGUUUGUCCUGAUUUUUUUUGUAGUUUGUCUGAACUAUUUUCUAUAUGUUUAUUUGAUUAACAAUUUAUUAGUAAUACCCUUUGUUACACAUAAUAAUGUAAUACUAUUGUAAUGAUUUUUUUUUUACUUUAGGUAUUUGAUGUUUUUUUUUU